AACCAACCGCCUAAAUUCAAAACGCAUUUCGGCCGUACGGGGUUUGCAGUAAUGGAAAAGAAAGAAAAGUCUAUUGGACGUCUUCAAAAAAACAAAAACGAGACGUUUGAGAUAUCUACUAUAAAUUCUAGCGCAGUGGAAGAAAAACUCUUCGGCCGAGCGGAUAAAGAAGGAGAGGAAAACGAUGACGGGCCCGUGGUUUUCAUCUGCGGAAAGUGCAGGCUGCCUGUUGGAGAUUCAAUGUCCUGGGAUGGAAGUGAAGACGACCAGAACCAAAUAAAAACUAAAAGGGUCACCAACAACGUUAUCAUUGGAAAGGACACUCGCUUCUUUGAACUGAAGAAACGAUCAGUUUGCCUGGUUGUGGAUCUCAUCUGUCGCAGCUGCCACUCGGUGCUUGGCAUGGUCUACACAUCUACGCCCAGGAACCUGGACCACAAGAGGUCCACUUUCUGUCUCAAUGUAGCCAGCAUCGACAGCUAUGUGCUCGGGUCUGAAGGCCAGAUGUUGGCAGCAGAGGGCCCCAAAGAGCAGCUGGUAACACUGGAGUACAGGCACAUUGUUGAACAGUUGUCAGAGAUGAAAAUGCUCGUUGUGUCCAUGGCACAGCAGCUGGAGGAGAUCGCAGCUGGCCUUAAGAAGGGAUGCAGUGAGGCUUGACGAUGAUGGGCGUCAAGUCAUCUCUGAUGCUGUUUAUUUCCAGGUGUUGCAAAAUACAAAUUUUAUUGUCUCAACUUGUGCACCUGUUUAUGUGCAAAUGCCUCCAGCUCUGAAGUUUAAUAUCAGCCACUUUUUUUUUUUUUGUCUCCAGGAGAACAUUUUGUCCCAGUUACACCUUGUUCACAUGAACGUAAAGCUGCACACACAUACUCACACCGUCUACUGGGCUUUGUCCUAAAAACCAGCGGUGAAACAAAGACUGCCUACUCUUGUAAUCAAUCAUCUUGCCACCUCGGCUCCUUGCGGCUCGCAGCGUCUGCUCUGUGGGUCCGGUGCAGAAUAAAUGUGUGCCAUGAGCAGAAUGUUUAUUUGUGCAGGAUGUCAUCAGUCGGGCUGCACACUCAGCACAAUGAGGUAUUGAUCUGACUACUUGAGGCCACACACUCUUCGUCUCCUCUUUGUUCUGCUUCUCGAGUGUGUAGCAUUUUUAGGUUUGCAGAUUUACCAAUGGUGUAUUGUUUGUCAUUAAAGCAGAAAGUGUUCAUAAUAAAAUGAUUUGUAUAACACCUUU